AUGUCUAAAAAUAGUCUUCCUUUAGAUUUGAAUAAGAAAAUAUGGGAAUCAAAUUUGGUGAGAUUUGAAACAGUUAAGAAUUCAAAUAAGUAUGCAAAGAUUGUUGACAGUUUUGAUCAAAUGAACAAAAUGCCAACAGAACAGCAUAUCCUGGACAGAUUUAAGUGCUUGGCUGCAAAUGUGAAAAGCAAAUCUACAGUGGAAAGAAAAAUUGAGAAUGUACUAAACAAGUAUGAAAAAGACAGCAGAAAACCAGGAACGCAAGACUUUACCAACUUGUUCAAUGUAACUGAUGAAAAUGGAGAAUAG